ACUAUUACAUAGUUUUUCCGAGUUUUGUAGUAUUGAAAAUGGAAGGAGUAACGCACAGGAGGAAGGGAGAGACACAAGAGGAGGAAGAAUUUCAGGGGAUUGAAAAGAAAGCUGCACCCAGACAAGGGGCAAAAACUCUGAUCAUAGCAGUUGCAAUUCCACUGGUACUGGGUAUCUUAGAUGCAGUUUUUUUCAGCCCAAAUUCAAGUUACUACAAGGGACUGAAAAAGCCAUGGUGGAAUCCUCCUGGUUGGCUCUUUGGUUUGGCAUGGACUGUGCUCUAUUCUGCCAUGGGCUUGGCCUCAUGGUUGGUCUGGGUUGAGGGGGGAUUUGAGAAACAGGGUCGUCCUUUGUUGAUCUAUGGUGUCCAGUUGUUUAUAAAUCUUCUCUGGCCUGCCAUUUUCUUUGGUCUAAAAAAACCAGGGCUUGCACUUCUGGAUAUUGCUGUUCUUGAUGUUGCAGUUUAUGUUUGUAUGGAUGCAUUCAAGCCUGUGAAUCAUGUGGCUGCUGAUCUUUUCAAGCCUUAUCUUGCUUGGGUUCUGUUUGCAACCGCACUGAAUUAUAGGAUCUAUGCCCUCAAUUGAUUGAUGGGUGGAGGGAUAUAGUGGACGGUUAGAAUUGUGGGGUCUAUAUUGUAAUAUUUGCAAUUGUGGUGUAGUGAUUUAAAGGUUAUAAGGUGGCUUUGGUGUAUGUUUUAGCCUGCCAUUUUCAUUUCACUGGUAUAUAAAAGUAUUGAUAACUGUUUUGGGGGGAAUUUGCAGUCUAAUAAAAUGUAUGGCGCUUUUGAGAUUUGA